AUGGACGGUUAUGCGGUCGUGUCGUCUGAUGGAGCUGGGGAGUUCAACAUCGUCGGGAGUUCACGAGCAGGUGCAAGUGAAGGAGUUUCUGUAUCUGCCGGGAGCGUGUGCUACAUCACCACCGGGGCUCCUCUACCUGCGGGAGCGGAUGCGGUAGUCAUGGUGGAGGAGACACUACCUGGUUCCUCCGAGGGGAGGGUGAAGAUCAGCAAGGCAGCGAAGCCCCGGCAGAAUGUGCGGGAAGUUGGAUCGGACAUGGCGACAGGGGAGAGAGUGCUGGCAGCUGCAGCGAAAGUUUUCUCAAGACCGAAAGUUGCCAUCAUGUCAACAGGGGAUGAACUUGCAGAUGUGACGGCAUCAUCCCCUUUAACACCGGGAAUCAUUCGAGACUCUAACAGAAAUAUGCUGCUUGCUGCCUGUGAAAAGCUCGGAGCUGAGGUGAUUGAUAUGGGAAUCGUUAAUGACAACUCCCAAGCUCUUGAACAAGCUCUUGAUAAGUAA